AGAUACUAACCAUUUUAAAAAACUAAUUGUCUACAAUAAGCUAUUCUAUUAAUUAUCGUGAUUAAACCCAAUUUAACUUUAAAGACAUUUUCGAUUAAAAUAGUGAAUAAGAAGAAAUAUAUGAAAUUGUUGUUAGCCCCAUUUUAGAAAACUUUAUGAAUGGAUAUAAUGGAACAAUAUUUGCAUAUGGUUAAACAGGAAGUGGAAAAACUUAUACCAUGAGUGGAAGUGAAUAAUAAUAAUGGUAAUAUAGAGGAAUUACUCCGAGAGUAAUAAGUGGAAUAUUUAGUCAUAUUGAUUAAAAGAAAGAUUUUGAUUGUAAAAUAAAUAUUUCUUAUAUGGAAAUAUAUAAUGAUAAUGCUUUUGAUUUAUUAAAUCAAGCUCAUUUAGAUAAUCCGAGUGAAAAUAAUAAAGUAACUUAUUAAUGGGAUGAUGAAGGAAAUAUUCAUUUAAAAAACAUUACUAUCCAUUAAAUUUAAAAUGAGCAAGAAGGUUUUGAUAAAAUGAUUACAGGAAAUUUCAUUAAAAAGAUGAGUUCUACUUCCAUGAAUUAAAAUUCUUCUCGUUCCCAUUGUGUAUUUACAAUUAACUUAGAAGCGACUGAAAAAUCAACUGGCGAUUAAUAUUUAUCAAAACUUCAUUUAGUUGAUUUAGCAGGUUCAGAAAGAAUAUCAAAAACAUAAAUAAACGGAACAUUAUUAACAGAAGCAAAACACAUAAAUAAAUCAUUAAGUUUUUUAGAAUAAGUAAUUGUAGCAUUAAAUGAUUAAAGUAAAAAAGGAAUAAAAUCACAUAUUCCUUAUAGAAAUUCAUUUAUGACAACAAUUUUAAAGGAUAGUAUAGGAGGAAAUUGUUAAACAGCUAUGAUAGCAAAUAUUAGUAGUGAUAUUGAAAACUAUGAUGAAACUAUUAGUACUUUAAGAUUCUCUUAAAGAGUUGGUUAAAUAGAAAAUGAAGUUUAAAGAAACCAUAAAUUUGAUCUUUAAAAAGCUUACAAAAAUCUUCUAAUAGAAAAUUAGAAUUUAUAAAAAUAGCUUAAAGAAAAAGAUAAAAGAUUAUUAUCAGCUCAAAAUUAAUAAGAAGAUGUAAAAAUUGAUUUUAAUUAAAUAGAUGCCUCUAUUGCUGAAUAUGUAAAAGAAAAAGUUGGCAGAUAUUUUGAUGAAUCUUAGAAUUAUUUACAAAUUGAGGAUUUAAAUGAAGCUCAACUUUGCUUUUAAGCUAUGAAAUAAUUAUACAAUAAUACAAUGCAAGAAUAUGUUGAUGAAUUAUAACUUAUUUCUGCAAAGUUAGUUAAAUACGAACAUUUAUUAAAAAAAAGGUAAUUUGAUAUUAUUAAUUUAAAUAUAUUAAUCUGAUUUUUAAUUAAAAAGAAAAUAAAAACUUAAGGAAAGCAAUGUAUAAAAUCAAAAAGAUUAAUAAUAAUUAUUAAAUAAUAGCGAAUCUUUUUAAAGUUUAGAUUAAUAAU